AUGCUGGCCUCUCUACUCCACCCGAAAGCACGGCGCCAGCAGAUUGACCAGACCCCCUUUUCGUUCUCGUCUCCGUUUGCUCCCAGCGACAGCUCCCCAUGGUUUCGAGCAGCAGGUCGACGCGGUGCACGCCGCGUGCAGAGAGAUGGGGAUAGCCAUGAUGAGCACCCGCCGGAGCUGGAGGAGAUUGACGAGGAUAUCGACGAAGAUUGGGUUCGGGAAGAGGAGGAUGAAGAGGAGGAGGAGGACGGUCCGCUCGACUCCACGCCUCUUCUGCCCAUAUUCUCGGCUUCGCAUCUGGAUGCCCUCCCCGUGUACGAUCUCACUCAUGCCAUCCGACCGCUGAUCGCCUCCCGGUGUGAAACCACGUUGACCUGGGACCAGCUGCGUUCGCCGCAGGUGUCUCAGUUCCUGGUCAAGCCCAUUCAGCAGAAGCUCAUGUCCACGCACUUCUCACGAGCGACGCUCUAUGCCCUGAUGGCUAAUUGCCUGCAGUUCGAAAAGGAGAUUCACCUCAACCCGGGGAAUAGCGGUGCUAGCCAAACCCGGGCAAUGGUCAGCGAGCUGCUGGCAAUCAAGUUGCUGAGGGAAUACUCCACCAGAGAAUUGAUCGACGCGCUGUCUUAUGAGUUCCACCCGCUUCAAGGCCAGGAUCCCACCACAGCGUGUACCUCUCGUCCCCAAGGAAACCGAUUGCCCGGUACUGCUCGCGUUUCAUGCCUGGAGAUUGCUAUUCGGGCGCAAGCGAAGAGAUUUCUUGCCCACCCAGUAGUAGUAAAUCAAUUAGAAGCGAUUUGGGCAGGAACUAUCGUUUUUCACUCGGCUUCCGAUAACCUGCACCGACGCAGUCAUCAAUCUGCGUUCAGUGGAGGUAUGGAUUAUGGAACGUCGGCGGGACAUAAUGGGAAUCAGGCGCCUUCUCCUGGGAACACCAGUUCCCGUCGCUCGGUAACUUUUUACAACCCGCGAGACGCUUCGCUGUUCAAACUCUCCAGAUUGCGAGUGCCACGUUAUCGGCAAUUCUUGUCAACCCUUUCUUUCGCAGUUCUUUUAGGUCUCUUUCUGGCAGUUCUGCAACAGCGCAGCCGGCAGAUCACGUCUCUCGAGAUCAUGUUCUGGUUCUGGAGUGCGGGUUUCAUGCUCGACGAGAUUGUUGGUUUCAACGAGCAGGGCUUCAGCCUCUACCUGAUGAGCUUCUGGAAUCUAUUCGACUUGGGUAUCCUGCUGCUGCUGUUCUGCUACUACUGCCUUCGGAUCUAUGGUACCUUCUUGACCUACCCGAGGAACCGCCAGGUCGCCAACCAGGCAUAUGAUGUUCUGGCUGCCAACGCGGUGCUCCUGUUCCCUCGCCUCUUUUCGAUUCUCGAUCACUACCGCUAUUUCUCGCAACUGCUGAUUGCGUUUCGUAUCAUGGCAUCCGAUCUGAUUGCGGUCUUUGUGUUGAUUAUCAUUGCCUGCAGUGGCUUUUUCGUGGCUUUCUUAUCCUUUGGGUCUGACAAUUCUCCGAAAUCGGUAGCUUACGGCUUGUUCCAGAUGCUCAUGGGCUUUACGCCGACAGCAUGGCAAAUGUGGGAGGAAUACAACGUGCUUGGCAAGACUAUCUUGACCGUGUUCCUCUUUAUUUGCCACUUUGUGGUGGUUACUAUUCUGAUCACUGUUCUCACGAAUUCCUUUAUGAGAAUUGUGCAGAAUGCCAACGAAGAGCACCAAUUCUUGUUCGCAGUCAAUACUAUUUCUAUGGUCAAGUCUGAUGCUCUGUUCUCUUAUGUGGCCCCAACCAAUAUCAUCGCCUGGCUAGUCACACCUUUCAGAUACCUGAUGCCAUUCCGCCAGUUCAUUCGCCUGAAUCGGACGAUCAUUAAGAUCACUCAUAUGCCGAUUCUAUUCACGAUCUGCCUCUAUGAGAAAACGGUCCUAAGCUCUCGAGUGGUGGAGCCGAUGGAUCUCGUCGAUGCCGUAUCCCGUUCGGAACCCCUUGGUCGAGAUCAAUCCUGGUGGCCAAGUCGAUUACAUAGCUUCAGCAACCGGGCACCGCGUCUCGUGCGAGAGCCAUCCGUUGCCACAUACCAGAAGGAUCAGGCGCUGGAGGAAGUUUUCAGACGGCCAUUUGAGCGUGCGCGCCCAGGCAACAUCCGUAAACGCGAGAACAACAAUGUCAUCAAAGAUUGGAUGCAAGAAGUCGGCUCUGAUCCGGCUCAUACCCCAGAUGAGCAGGAUUCAGCAGCAGGGGACCAUCUAGAGAUGCCAGUCCGACGGCUGCGAUUUCCAUUCCGGAAGACGCUGGCGGCACAUGGACGCAACUUCACGGAGACGACUCGUUCAGUGGCAUCUAAUCCGGAAGAUCGGACCAGCCGGAUUGCCAAUCCGGUCUUGAAACGCCGAGGACGAGAUUCGACCUCACCCACACGCACACGGCAGCUCUCGCAUCACACCGAUAUGGAGGGGGACGAUGAGCUCACCAGUGAGGACGACAACGAGUCUAACGACAAGCGUUCCGAGACCGGUACUGUCGGUGACGACGGUGUCAAACCGGUCGGCAGCACGGAGAGGACCCCGCCCAAGUUCUACAGCUCUCGGCCAUCAAGUGCACGAAUCCUCUCGCGUCGUGAGAGUCCCACGCGCCGGCCAAAGCAUAGCCGGAAUGCCUCUGGGCUCACCAUGCUCUACAAUCCCAUUGGCUCGCCCAGUUUGGGAACCGAGGGACAUCUGAUCCGUCCACGAGAUGGCAGUGGCUCUUCAGAUGAAGACAAUCGUCUACCUUUCAUCUCAACCUCCGACCAGGGUACCAUGAAGAGAACUGUUUUUGCUCGCAAUAUGAGCUUGAACCCAAUGUCUGUUCCAGAACUCGACGGGCUGUACUUGUCUGAUCGACCUGCGUCAACACACCCCCGGCGAUCUCUACUGUUCGAUCUCGGCUCCGACCUGGGAGACAAUAAGGCCGUUGUCGGCGCCUUCGGAGGUGCCGUCCCAUCUAGCUUCAAUACCCACUUGGCAUUCGCCACCGGAGGCCUUCGUCGUGAAGAUCCCAGCCAGACCCAGGACAUGCUCAGCAAGCUCGUCCUAGCUCGGAUGAACAAUAUCGAAGAGGGCUUCCGCGAGGUGAUCAAAGAAGUCAAAGACCUGCGCCGCUCGGGGUCAAGCCGCGGCCACAGCCGCCCCGAUGAACUCCGCGCCGCUGCUGCUGCGCGUGAGAAAAAGAAACGAGGCGAGAAGAAAGAUGCCAAAAAGCGGCGACCAAAUUCCGCAGAGAGCGGGACUGGGCAUGGAGGGCAGCCGUCCAAUGAACCCACCCAGCCGGAAGGGACCCCGUGA